GUCGAAAGCUAAAUGAAGCUACGAAUUCUUCUUCUGGGAUCGGGUUAUGUUACUCGACCAUGGCUACCGCUAGUUGUCGGAGAGCUCUUUUGAUCCUUUCCAAACGUUCUUGGAGCGACUUUCACAGGAAAUUGGAGAAGAACAGCUGAAAAGUUUGAAAUUCUUGCUUGAAAAGCAUAUUCCGGCUGGCACUUUGGAAAAAUUCACAACACCAAGGAAACUGUUUAAGUGUAUGAAGCAGAAACAAUAAUUUAGAUUUCCUCGAGGAGCUUUUAACGGUAGCUCAGCGAUCAGAUCUUGUAGAGAUUGUUAAAGAUUUUAAACGGCAACCAACAAUGGAAAUGGACAGCGGAUAUCCAGGUAACUAUGGGAUAAUUAAUUAUGUAUAUGCAGGGCUUUCAGUAAGUUUUUGAGUAGCAGGUUGUGUUGGAAAAGUAGGCGUCUAGGGGGGUCUGGGGGCACGGUCUCCCAGAAAAUUUUGAAACCUAGACACUCAGAAAUGCCAUUUCCAGCAUUUUCCAAGAGGUAUUUUCCUCUAAAAAGGCAAGGGAAACGAGGCAUAAAACGGUCCACAUAUAACAGAGAUUGGAUGUUUAUUAUUUGGGUGCGGCCCAAAUAGAGUAAUGGAAACGGCUUGUUUUGGUGCAAAUGUGCAAUAGGCACGCAAUACGUGCUAACAUAAACAAGGGAACUAAACAAGUGAAGCGAGGCGAAUGUCUGCCAUGUGAACGUCUUGUACAAGGUAAGAGGCAUGUGGGAAAGAAAGGUCUGCUAGCACACGGCAAUUUAUCCCCCUUUUACGAUCUCAACAGUUUAUCUGAAUCCUCAGUAUUUUUGCCUCAUUGAAAUUUGGAAGUCUGAAGUCCAGGGAUGAAGUCUAUCAAAAAUAUUUGGAAUAUUAAUGUCGGGUUUUGGUCACAAUAAGAUCACAAGCAACAAACAUUGGAAAAACGGAUCGAAAUCCACCAAUCACAAAUCACAAACAAUGACCUUUUGAACCCAUUGAAGAAAACUUUCUUUUCCUAAGAGGUCCGCUAAGAUAACUGGCGUCUGACAUUUUUUUGAUGAGAGGAUCGAAAUGUACCAAUCAUAGGAUGACAGUUUUAAUUGCAUGUUUCCUAACAGGUCAUCUGAGUUUGCUUUUUUUUAUUUUAUGUCCAUUUUGUUUUCAUUAUUUUGUGAUUGGUUGAUUUUGUUAGGUCGAGUGGAUAAUCCAAUGAGUUGAGUCACAUGAUCAACUGAAGUAAUCUUUGUUAUCUUACUGUAAAUUAAAGUGCACAACUACAACUCAUUCAUUUUAAUGGUGGCAAUUACUGGUGUUGGUAUCUACAGCAUUGAGGCUGGCAGAUAUAAUGUAUUUGAUUCUCAUGCUAGUUAACAAUUAUUCUUUGAAAUCGAGGUGAAUAGUGGCUAAAUAUUUACCGAGCCGCGAAAUAUUCCCAAACCCGUUAUUCACCGAGAUUGAAAAGAAUAAUUGUUUUAGUAUAUACACACGAAGUGAUCUCAACAAAAUCAGUGAGGAAACCAUUAAAAAGUACGAUUUGAUUGACAGAUCAAAUCACGCGUAAGUUUAAAAUAGAUCUUUGCAGAAUUUUCAAACAUGGUAAUUCACAAGUUUAUCAUUUUGCAAACAACAGCGUAAUGGCUUAAAUGGAACCACUAAAAGUUUCCUUACCUGAGAAGAAAAGUAGAGCUUUGUUGUUUUCUGUUGACUCGCCAAUGCAAGUUUAUAGCCAAAAGGGUUUGUUGUGUCGUUCUUCCCAUGAAGUGCUGACAAAAAUGGCGGCUCGGUUGCUCGAGGUAAGACGUCAUCUUCCUGUAUCAUUCUUUUUCCUGUUUACUUGAAAUGUAGAAUUUCUGCCAACAUUUCCUUUUAAAUUUGUUUGUCAUAAAUAAACUUCGAUUUUUGAGCCAAAAUUUUCUUGUUAGAAAACGCUGAGUUCACAAAACGGCUUCUUCUACACGAAUACACGAGAUUUGUAAACAAUCCAUCAACCACAAAACUCAGCUACAGUAAAUUGAAAAAUGCCGUAUUGAAUUCUUCCAAGUCUUUUCUUGCCUCAAAAAAAGUCAGCCCUUGGAUUUUGUCGACUUUUAAAAGAUCGAUCUCGAAAAAUAUGGAAAAAACACCCAGCUGACACAUUAUCCACUCACUAGGAGGUGAAUAUGGUUGAAUAGUCCGAGAUAGCGAACCAAUCUGAUUGCUUAAAUCACCAAGAUCACUGAGUGUGUAUAUACUAAAGAUAUGUAUCAUAACAGUCAUAGUGAAGGGACAUGUGUAUUGUUGGAAUACCAUCCAUGCAUAAAUUAGUACAAUAUUUUUAGACUCUACAUAGGAAUGAGGAUAUAUAUGAACUUAAAGGUGUACAUAUUGCCACCUUUGAACCUCAUCUUUUCUCAAACAAUGUUGAACAUUGUAGUAUAUCAAAUGUUAAUAGUUACCAAUGUUCCUGUAAACAGUGCUGCUCUAUAGCAGUUUAUGCGAUGUGCUACUCUCUUAUUAAUCCUUGUGGAUACUGGACUUAAGGAACUUUUUUUGCCCUUGUUAGUAACCGGAAUACACUGUAGAAUGUGAUGGGUGUGAAAACACGUCUGUCAGUCAAUCUUCCUCAAAGUGUCAGUAUCAGUGGAGCUGAGAUAAACCUUAUUCUCCAGGCUGUAACCAGUGAUGUCCUAUGUUGCAAUUUGGCUCCAAACAUGUCUGCAUUGAAGAUGUGCAUAUUUUGAAACAUUGUCAUGAAAUGACACUAUUUUUGUUGUGGAUAAGAUAUGAUCAGGGGAACCCAACGUCAAUUUUUGGAAAAUAUCUCUUGAAGACGAUUUGAGAUCUAGAAUUUUCAGAACAUUUGUUGUAAAAUUUCUUGCUUGCCUGCCUCUUCUAGAAUUUUCGAACAUCUAAAAUGGUAUAAUUGCCCAUUUUCAAUGGAUUUUUACCCUAAAAAGGUUACCUAGAGUUUUUUUCGAGCCUUUUUUCUGGCUGAAAUUUUCGAAAGGUAAGUUUUGAUCCCUAUAAUUUUCAGAUCAGUAGACUUUCAGCUAGGAAAUCUGAACAGAUGAAAAACUUUCAGGGGAUCAAAGUAUGCCUAUAUCUAUCAUUUAAAUACUAAAAUACGUUUAAAACAAUGCUAUGUUUAAGUGGUUUUGAACUAUAUUCCCGUUGGGUGCCCCUGUAUGAUGACAGUUCUUUAGCUGCAAUAAGGCAUGUUCAAAGUAUCAUACCGAUAUUACGACCACGCCCAAAUAUACGCUCCCACAGCGUCUUGUUACCAUUUAGAUUAUUAUUUGCAAGGUUCACACAAAUUCAACAGGUUUGAAGUUUAAGGCUCUACUGUUCAAUCUCAUCCGAAUUAGCAGGUGGGUCGGCCGUAGAACUCGAUUUUUGCACUGUGAAAAUUUAUCAAAAUGGAAGGGAACUGAUACAAUUGUGACUUUCCAUUGUACAGGUUGGAAAAAAAAAGAAAAGUCAGUUCUAGUGGAACACAAAUGUAAUCGUGAAAACUAAAAGUUGUAGGCAUAAUAAAAGUAAAAUUAUUCAAGAGAAUUUGCCAACCUUCAGAUUUCUUUUCGUGUUGAAUUUUUUAUGCUUCUUAUUUUAUGUACUUUUAUUGAAGUGGAGUGAUGAGACUUACGGAUAACGAGCCCCUCCAACGUUUCGAGAAUGAAUGGAAAAUAAUGGACAAGGUUCGCUACUUAAUUAAGAAAGUUCAAAAAUACCCAAAAUUCAUAAACACUUUAUACCAUAAAAUACUAGCAAGAAAAAUAUUUCAUGAUUAAGAACCAUGAGAUUUUUACCUAAAAUUUUAACCGGAACAAUUUGUAAAAGAGUUGAGGAAAAAGAGCGGCAGGAACAUGAGUCACUGUUAGUGUUGUUUUCUCCAUUUAGCAUUUUAUUAACCACCUUGUCAUUAAAAUGUUUAUUAAUGAAGUUGCUUCCACAACCAAAUUAUUCUGCAGACAAAGAAAAUUUUAAAAACAAACUUCGCUGGUCUCAUGACAUCAUUCUGUGAGUUCAAAGGUCGCUGACUGUUUUGAAAUGCAAAGUGCUAUCUUAUUUACAUCACUCUAAGCAAAUCUAUUAUGUUAAAAAGCUGAAUUAUAAAAUUACUAAUAACUUGUGACCCUUUUGAUUCCUUUGACACGACGGCGAAAAAAUUUUCAAGAACGCCUUGCCUUUUCGCUGACAUUUCAGUCAAAACAGGUGAAGCAAGUGCUUUGAGUUCACGUGGAGUGUCAUGCAAAUGUUACAUAACAACUGUGACAGGGAAUUCCUGGUUGCAACUUGAUGCGAUAGUAGAUGCGACUUUCAUUAAUUUGUUACGGUAACCCUCUCUAAUUUGCUCGAAUUUGUAUAUGAACUCAGUAAUUUUUUUCAAACAAAAUUGCUAUAAUUCGGAGAUUUAGGAAUUAAAAUUCCUGGUUAGUAAUGAUGACAUGCAAUCAGUCCAAAACAUUCAAUUGAUUGUCCGAAGUAGGUGGCAGGAUAAAGCAAAGUAGGCGGCGGUCCAUCGCCGAUAGCCGCCUUCUAUUCAAACCUCUGAAAUGUUGUAGUUCUGUUCAAUUUUAUCCUUGGGUUAGAUUUUAUUUCCCUUUGUUUUCGUGUAUAGGUAUGUUACUGGUUGGUAACGAAUGAUAAUGAUUCAAACCACAGGGAAAUAAAAUUUAAACGAAGGAUAAAAUUUAACCACAACAGAUACACCGAUUGUUCAUAGAGAAUUUAAAUUAUGCAAUCAAUAACUUAUCAACAUAACAUUCAUUAACAGUCAUAACAACAAUCUUUGGUGUGACAGUUUAUCGGCUCACAUCAGACUUCAAAACAUGUCCCCUUUCACAAGUCUUGAACGGGCAUUUUAAAAGUCUCAAGGGCUAAAUUGUUUGCUGUUUCUCUCAUUGCCUUCUUGCCCCCUCCCCCAUUGUUUCCUGGUUCAACCUCUGUUCAGCACUCAUGUGGCUGUAUCUUUUACUUUCCAAACCACACAAAGAAAAAUGCCAAAAAACUGGCAGCUAUGCAGGCUAUGGUAUUCACUAUUGGCAUUUCAGAAUGUGAUUCAGGUUAUUUGUAGACUGAUCAAAAUGCUUUUUUAUAUAACAGCUGUUGUUAAUGAAUCUUUAACCUCUGGUGAAUUCCUUCUGCGCUUAAACGAUUUUUGAUUCGGCCAGUCCUGAAGAAGCCAGGUGUUAACAAGGAUGUUUUAAAAAAUUACCAACCUGUAGCCAAUAUACCUUUCCUAGUAAAAGUCAUUGAGAAGGUUGUCACGGUUCAGACACAUUCAUACUUGGAGGAUAAUCUAUUAAUGCCUUCUAUGCAAUCCGUUUAUCGUAAACAUCACUUGACCGAGACUGCCCUUCUGCCACUAAUGAAUGAAAUUCUUAGGACUGUUAAUUGUCGGCAAGACGUUGUUUUAGUCGUGCUUGAUUUGUCAGCUGCAUUUAACACCCUAGACCAUACUAUACUGUUGGACAGGGCUGAGUAGAUACUUCGGUUUUUCCCACACAGUGCUAAGAUGGUUUUCGUCAUAUCUUACUGGUCAGAUACAAUAUGUUAGUAUUGGUAAAACAAUAUCUAGCAGUCAGAGAUUAGAAUGUGGAGUUCCGCAAGGUUCGAUACGCGGUCAUCUCUUGUUUUUUCUUUAUACAGCACCUAUUCAAGACAUAAUCUCUGCUCAUAACCUCGAUUGUAUGUUCUGCACAGAUGACUCUCAACUCUACAUAACUAUUGACCCUCAUGAUCAACGUUCUGCUCUCAACACCCUUCAGAAGUGUAUCAGUGAAAUCAUAGAAUGGAACACCAUCAAUAAGUUAGUGUGCAAUCCUAGUAAAACAGAGGUCAUUCAAUUUAGUCCUCGUUUCAUCAAGAACCCAAUUCUCAGUGAUUUUUUUGAUUGGCAAUGCUAGAGUACAACCAUCAGACCAAGUUUGUAAUCUUGGUGUAAACCUAGAUAGAGAGCUCAAUCUUAGUCAUCAUAUUAAUGAAAUAUGCAGAAAGGCUAUGCUAGCGAUUCGAUUCAUUGGCAGAUUGAGGAAGUAUGUGAGCAAGGAUCACCUUAAGAUGAUGGUCUCUGCUUUUGUUAUGUCAUGCUUGGAUUAUUGUAACAGUUUAUACUGUGGCUUACCCAAGCGAGAUAUAGACAAGCUACAACGUGUUCAGAACUGUGCCGCAUGCUUGGUUUUAGGAAUAAGAAGAUCUGACCAUAUAACUCCUGUCGUGAAAGACUUGCCCUGGCUUCCUAUUGGCGUAUGAAUUGAUUUUAAGAUUUAAAAUUUUAAAGGAUUUACAGGGCUUCUCAUAGGUCACGGGAAAAAAGUCAAAUUUCAUGGGAUUGUGAGGGACAAAAUCGUGGAAAAAUGGGCCGAUUUGGUGGGAAUUUAGGGGGAAUUUUCGGGGCAAACUUGGCGGGAAAGCAAUCGGUAAAAACGGAGGAUUUUGUGGUUAUUUUCAGGGCAAAUUUCACUAGAAAUCGAUCGGUUUUGCGCUGAUCAGACCAGCGUUUUUAAUGUUUUUCUAACAGAGGUCAUCAUUUGCUCUUUCAACAACAAUACACUCCAGAAGUGAACCAAUGGCAAAGCCUUUAACAUCAUGGCUAGUGCCCAUUUUUUCGCAACAUAAUCUACGUUUGGUAGUUUUGGAACGUUGUUUACACAUUUUAGUGACGAAGUUUUGACAUAAAUUUGCGAGUUUACGGCAAGUAAAUACCCCCAGUAGCUGAGACAAGUUUCAAAAUUGCUGUACAGACAUGUAUUUGAUAAGAUUUCUACUAAAUUUCACGGUAUUUUGCGUGUUUUUGUGAAUUUUGCGGGAUUUCAUGGAUUUACCUGAAUUUUGCAGCUCCUCGACCACGCGAAAUAUCGCUCCUUACUAUUUGCCUUCACUCCUUCUCAAAUACCAGCCGUCUUGUUUACUCUGCUCAUCUAAUAGAUUGCUUUUACAAGUUCCUUCUGUUUAUACCGUGGCUUAAGGACACUGCUCAUUUUCAUUUUAUGUAAUGAUAAUAAUCAUAUCAAAAACUCUGAAUCUGUUUCUACUUUUAAGCACAGUUUGAAAACUUUUCUUUUUAGGAAUAAUUACUAUACACAGUUUCAUUUCGACUUUAUUUACUAUUGUAAACACAUUGAGAAUUCUUUAAAUGCACCAUAAAAACCUACUUUUACUAUUAUUUAUUUAUUUGUUUACAAAUGAUAACAUUUUUCUUCGAGAUAUUACGCCAGCCUUUACGAUUGUUUAAAGAUCAUACAGACGUGGCAUUUGAUGAUGUAUUUUAUUUGCAGCUACGGAAAAGGUUUGUUUCUCGUUUUCAUCUCAAAGACAACACUUCAUUGUACCAGACACUGUGGGUGUACUGACAAACAGCAUGAGCCUUGUUCUCUGCAUUGACCCUAGUGAAUGCCACUUCAUAAAGUGUGAAGAAGUUGCUUCAAAUUGGUUUAACCUAAUGUUUGAACUGCCUAAUAGAAGAGAAGUGGUGGAUAAACUCUGUCUGAAUGCCUUAGAAAAGGAACCAUGGCUUGCCCAAUGUGGUGUCAGAGCUGUAAAAAUUGGUGACAAGUCUGAGAUCCAUAUGCAGUCACCAAUUACACGUUCUGUUCCAACAUCCAUUGCAGAGGCUAAUCUUUCAUGCUCACAAGGUAGGAUGCUUCCUUCCUUCCUUGUAACAGCUGUACAUUAAGCUAUUGUCACCUUAGUACAGAGGGUGGAGAGGGAAAGUUUCCUCCCUGAUCUUGUUUUUGCCAAUGGACUUCUUGAUCCCAAGUCACAGCUGACCACGCACUAUUGAUCCCUGAUGUUCGUAAAUGGCUGAAAUUUCUCCUUGUCUAGUUGCCCAUUAAUUUUAUCCUGCAGUUUUAUAACUGAUCAGUUGAUACAAAAAUUCUUGUUUGAGGAAAGUAGAACCAGCACAACUAAACUGUUAAUCAGUCUUGCCACCAGUUUAACGUAUUCAACUUUGAGCAAAUUCGGAAAUUAUAAUAAGCCUGCAAGGCAUUUAGUGAAAUUUAAGCCCUGACUUGACAGGAUAUCUGGGAGCAAUAGUGAUCUAUUAGAAAUCUUAUGACAUAAUAACUAAGACACUGCAAAAUUCUUAUCUUUGGAGACUUACAGUAUUUUUUAAACAUUGGUAUUUGGUUGGAAUAGAAGGAUGUUGUUACAUGUAUACCCUCAUGAUACAAUAAUCAUUUUUUUGUGAUAGAGAAAAUAACCUUUUACCUUUUUUGUCAGAAAUGUAGCCUCUGGUAACUCUACCACUUUGUAAUUGUUUGUACAUACUCAAAGUUAUAAAGUUAUCUAUGACCUUUAGGACUAGAAGAGGUAGUGGUACAACGGAUGAGGAGUGGCCACAGAGAUUGUUUAUGGGUGGUUCAGUUAAUCAAAAAAACUAAAAUUCAUCUUUUGCUGUCUUUCUUAACCAGUUUAGUAUUUUAUGAGCAGCUUUGUUUGUUUUACUGCCAACUACCAAAACUGUGCACACGUAAAAUAUUUCUGGAACCUUUAUUAUGUUCUGAAAAUCACAGCAAAGAUCACAACACAUGAGCUCAAGCCACAAAACCACAAACUAAUUAUAAUCUCAUUGCUGGCAGUUCGGUUUUUUUAAUGUCUGAUUGGCUUUUUUCUUGAACCACAAUAGCAUUCCAGAAAUAUUUCUGGCUCCAGUUGUUCAAACAUUGGAUAGUGUUAUCCAGUGGAUAAAUCACCAUCCAGCAGAGAAGUAUUAGAGAAACUAAUACAUUAUUGCAUUAUCCACUGGAUAGUGAUUUAUUCAGUGGAUAGCAUUAUCCAUCUUUCGAAAAACUAGGCCCCAGUGGUGACUGUUUUGUUGUUUUCACAGUAAGGUUACAUGUAGCUCAAAAGUAGAUAUCUCUAUCAAACUGGGUACAUGUACUGUGCGUAACUCAUUAAUCCAUGGAAAUCAUUUCAUAAAGUGUCGCUGAAAGUUUCUUGAGUUGUUUUCUGGUCAACCGUACUUGCAAAAAAAAGUCAAAACUGUCCAAAGCAUCAUUUGUAAGUCAAGCACUAUGCUGCCUUUUGUUCCUGAUGGUAAAUUGUAGCUUCUGAAGUUCGCCAAACUGUAGAAGGCAAAAUUUUAAUACUACCUCCAUGGAUUAGUAAAUCAACCUUCUCAGUUUUUGAAAAUAAGACUGACCUAUUGUAAUCUUUCUAUUUAUAGAUGUGUCACAUCAUGUACGUCCUUGUUUGCAUUAUGAUCAAAAGUUAGAUUUGAUAGUUGUUGUGGACUGUGCUACCACAAAUCCUGCCAUUCUUGGGAAGCUCAAGACAGAGCUAAAGCAUAUGGUGAAUGUCAUCUCGGGAAGAAGUGUCCAUUUCCGUCUGGCAAUAAUCAGUUACCAAAAUCAUCCCAAUAUUGGACGAAGAGGCCAAACUACAUCUGGUUCCAACAUAGCUGUAGUUGUUAACUUCACGGAUGACAAAUCAAAAAUGAAAGAAAACAUCAACAGCUUGAGGUGUUUUGGUAACAGUGGCUCUAGGAGAGGCCUGGCUGACGGACUGGCUUUGGCUGUGCACCUAAGCAAUAAUGAUGAUGAUGAUUGUAACAAUGAUUAUAAAUGCCGCCGAGAAGCCCUCAAAGUCUGUGUACUGCUGCGUGAGUAUGCUUGUUUGCAAUGGGAAAAAAUUACUAAGACUUUCAACACGUUAUGUGAAAGGACCAUGUUAUAUUCACACAUGAAAUGAUCACUGUUGCUACAGUUACACUAAAUCACGCCUUCUGCAGCAAAAAAAUAUUUAAGUGAAUUGUUCCUCUUUUAUAAUACAGUGUAAUUAGAACAUAUUACAUGUCCGCUUGGAGGUACAUGCACAAAAUUUCUCUUCGAGUGUAUGUUUAUGUUUAUGUUUUUUUUCCAACUCUCGAACAGAAAUUUCUUAUCUCCACUCGGCCAUGUAAUAUCCUCCAGUUCUGGUGAGGACAAUGCCUGGUUUAUAGAGAGUUAAUAUACUGAAAAGGUGUGAUGUAGGCAGGGGAUUUUGACAAAAACCCUGAAGAAGAUACAGUACAUUUGACUCUGAAGAUGACUACCGCACGGGUUGUCGAAACGUCAGUCACUGUCAACAACAACAUACCCUGGGUACCAGAGGUUUUUCUCGCGUAUUGCGGGAAUUUUCGGUGUUGGCCGAAGGCCGACACAUCUUCGGCCAUAGGCCGAAGCCACGAGCGGCGAAGCCGCGAGAAAAAACUUAUCGGGCGGGUCACUAUAAAGACUUGACAGAAACCGGAAACUGCGCUAGAAAAGUCUCUGGCACCCAGGGUAACAACAACAGUCCUAUUCAGGACUACGUUCACCAGGACGAUCAAACCCAAUCUACUUUUGACAUGUAUUGCUUUUCAUGGAGUUUGAUAAUAUGAAAUGACGCCCUUUACUCCUGAUCUAAUAUCUGCUCCUUUCGAGUUACAAGACAAGGAAAAUCUACUAGUGGUUUAUCAAAAGUCACUUGGGAGCUCUAUUCCAGAACGUGACCCCUUCAGUUGUCAAUGAAUCCUUUUUCCAAGUUUUGAUAAAGACCUGUAAACGAAUAUCUAUCAACGCUGCUGGAAAGAAAGCCUUAAAGUUAGGAAACUUACCAAGUUUAAAUGUUAUACGUCCAAAGCGAGCGAAGAUAUUUCUCCACAAAGUCGCAGAAUUUUACAGACGUUUGUAUGAUGGGAGGCACGAACUUGCCCCCGCCCCCCACCAUAGAAACGGCUGUAAAAUUUCGAGGCCUUUUGGACCUAUAUCUUCGUGAGUUUUAAACAACUUUAAACGUUGGCAACAUUACUGAUUGUAAGGGGUUUGUUCCAGUCGUGAUGACGAAUGGUCCCAGUCGAAAAUUGAAAAACCCAUGGAAGGGGCAGUGAUAAUGAUCAUUGUUAUUUGCAAUUACAGCUUUAGAAGUUCAAGUUGGUACUCUUGAUAUUUUCAAAUGUACAUGUGCCAAUGGCCAUGAUGUCUUAAGCCUUUGUAGACAACUUGCUGCGAAUGCCGUUACACUUUACGUGGUGUUGUGCAGGAGUUCAAAGCCAGGAAUACCUCCCUAUCUUCGAAAUUCUGGACGACGUAUUGAUCUCAUGGCAGAGUUUUUUACAGGAAUUUCCCUGAUGACUGGCGGGCAGUUUAUCUACAGCGAAAGUGUCAAGCUUGUUUCUGAGGUAAUUCUCAUGCCUAAGAAUGCAAUUGCGGUAAAUUUUAAAGAGCCUGUGACACACGUCUGCGCAUGUGCGGCGUUUUGAUUUCUGCUCGACGGAAAGUUUUUCAAAGUUAGUUUUCGGUGAAGAAAUCUUUUUCCAUCGACCUAAUGAGGCUUGAGAAUUUUAUAUAUCUCUUUCUUUCCAUUCAUACCGUACAGUGUGAUCGAACACACGCACUUUGGUAUGGUAGACCGCGGUUUUGUUUACUCCUUGCGUUCGAAAAAGAAAAUACUCUUCGCCUUGCUGACUCUUCUUGCCUGGAACGCUUAACAAAAAGGAAUUAUUAACUGUUUGUGUCCUAGGGUUCGUUUUGUUCGAUAUUAUUUUAAUACUAGAUUAUAGACUGAAGGCGAGUUAACCAUACUGGUAAGCGAGAUGACUGAAAAACGGUUAUAUGUGGAUGUCGCUAGAUAUCUGAAUGACCCUUGCCCAAUACCGGUGUCCGCUCGUUUCGCUACAAUGCGAUUCGCGGCGAAGUUUUAAAGUCGUUUCGCUGCAUCACAAAGUUGAAAACUGCUCUAAAGUUUGCUGGUGUUUGUUCGAUGAUUAACUCAGUGAAAUGGUAAUUAACUCGUCCGUAUUAUUCGUUUUUAGUUAAUUUUAUGUGUCUUGAACGGUUUUAUACAAAAGGUCAAUUUCAGCGCCAUCUGAACGUGAUACAGCGAAACGACUUUGCUGCGAAUCGACUUCAUUUUGCAGCGAAACGACUGGUAAGCCCAACUGUCACUGGCAUGUUUUAUCCUAACUCAAAGAGGUUUAACCAAGAGUCUGUCAGAACUGGCUAGACAAACCAGUCAUUUUGCUACAGCUUUGAUUCGAAGUAUAGACUAUCGCUUCUUGUUCUGAAGGAUCUGAAAUAGAGGAAAGCAUUUCAGUGGAUUUUAUUGGACGUUACGUCACCAGGGUUUGAGCCAGGCCGCGCCAUUGCGCCAAUCCCUCACUGCAAUUGGAAUUGUCCCUUUAAAAAACGGCCAAGGGGACAAUUUGUCCCCUUCAAAAUUUAGGGAAAAAACUCGAAAGGAAGCACACACGAAGAGAUUUAUUUCAGUACAGAAAUUGCAAGCUGAAACAGAACGUGGAAAGUAUAUUUUAUCGCACCUUUAAAGUUCAUUCCAAAGUUACGCUUCAGUCACACUCUACUGCUAUUUUUGUCGGAAAUCUAAGACAGGGCUUCUGAUUCUUCGCGCGGUCGCGGAGCCGCGAAAUUCACAAAAACACGAAAAAUACCGCGAAAUUCGGUAGAAAUCUUAUCAAAUACAUGUCUGUAAAACAUAUUUGAAACUUAUUUCAGCUAUAGGGGCUAUUUACUUGCCGUAAACUUGCAAAUUUAUCUUGGAACUUUGUCAUUGAAACAUGCAAACAGAUUAUGUUGCGAAAAACUGGGCACUAGCCAUGAUGUUAAAGGCUUUGCCAUUGGUUCAUUUCUGGAGCGUAUUGUUGCUGAAAGAGCAAAUGAUGAGCUCUGUUAGAAAAACGUUAAAAAGGCUGGUCUGAUCAGCGCAAAACCGAUCGAUUUCUAGCGAAAUUUGCCUUGAAAAUAACCACAAAAUCGGCCGUUUUUUACCGAUUGCUUUUCGGUGAAGUUUGCCUCGAAAACUCCCGCGCAAUCGGCCGAUUUUUCCGCGAAUUUGUCCCUAAAAAUCCCGCGAAAUUUCACUUUUUCUUCCGAGACCUAUCAGAAGCCCUGCUAAGAAGACAAACCCCUUUGCAUCAGCAGAAGGGUGUACAAAUUUCUGUCCCCCUAAAAAUGAAAAUGUCCCCCAAAAAUUUAGCCAAGGGGACAAAUUGUCCCCCAGUGAUCAAAUCCUAGCUCAAACCCUGCGUCACCUGGGUUGAUCUUUAGAACUGAGUUUUGAGGGUGGAGGUGCUAUCACGCCUUUUACCGCAAGAUGAAAUUGAGGAAUAAAUAUAACUUACGUUAAAAACGUUUUUGGUGUUUUGCUUAUAGAUAAUUUCCUAUAUCGUUGAGGUGGAUAAAUCUAUGGAGCGUCUCUUUGGUACAGCUCAUGAUAUUAUUCUUGACGAAAUCGAGAUGAACGACGGAGACGUGGUCUUGGAAGAGCUGCUUACCAAAGUUCAAGAAGAGCUCACUAAAAGAUCUUUGCAUGUUAACCUCAUAGCAAUUAAUGGAUCAACCAUUGGUCCAAGCUCCAAGUUAGCAAGUAAGUUUUCAUUGGACAACAGCAUUGAUGGUGCCUGCAAAACAUGGCAAAGAGAAGUGAAAAAAAUGCGGCAAGCGGAUUUGGCCAUUGCAUCAGGAAGUCCAGGUGACGUCAACAUAGAGGAAGCAGCUGGUCCACAAGUUCAACUGCUGGAAAAACAGAAUGUAACCAGGGAAGUUUCAGAAAGAAUGGUACGGAGAGUAGUUGGGGGUUGAGAGCAAUAUCGGCCUAGAAAAUAGAAUUAAUUGAUUCGUUAUAGAUAAUAACGAUCGACCCGAAUUUUGUACCAACCUUCUUAUGAAUUCAAACAUAUUUCAGUAUUCGAUAUGAGGAAUUAAAUUCUAGAAUGGCUUCCGCGGGCUUUUGAGCUUAUAUUUCUUAGGGUUAGUGUAAAGAGCAAGUGAGCAUGCUGUGUUUACUGCUCUCGUUCACGAAGGAACUUAUUUUAUCUGAGUCAUUUUAGAAGAAAUUCGUUAGAUGCGCAGAAAAAACGAACGAAAAGAACAGCUUCGGAGAUUUUCUUAACUUUUACUGAAAAAUGUGCAGAUAUUCGCAUAUUGCUGAGAUCGACUUAGAUUGGAUGAAUCAUGUCAGGCGAGCUGACUAUACACCGUUGAAUAUUGUAGGGAUGUUGUUUAUUAUCCAAAUCGUUAGUAAGGCUGCAAGCAUAGAAGGAGAUAGUUAAAAUGUAAAAAGAAACGUAAAAUUCUUUUUUGCCGCCAGUAGGAUAGCGUCUGCUAGGUUCUCAGAUAAUACCGGCGUCGCAAAAACAAUAGACUACGAGCAGUCUCCCUUUUUUCUUGUUCCAUCGAUCAAAACGCGCGAGACACGCAAAUGACCACGCGCGUGACUGAAGGCACGAGACGAAAGAGGUUCAUUUUUCUUUUCGGGCUGCUGCCCUCAUUUCUCGCGUCUCUCGCCGCUCGCGCGCGCGUGCACUCUCCUCACUAAAUCUGAAAAAAAGAGAGACUGCUGGCAGUCUACGAAAACAAGGUCAACAGACGCUCAAGUUUUCGUUCACCUUAUGUAAAGGAACCCGGAUUUCGGAAUCCGGAAAAUUUUUGCUUGUCUAGUGGAAUCCGGAAUCCUGAGCUUUGGAAUCCGGAAUACUGCUCAAAGAAUCCGUAAUCCACCAACGAUUGGAAUCCAGAGUCCAAGUUCCAGUGACAAGGCACCGGAAUCCAGUACGUGAAAUCUGGAAUCCAUGGCGUGGAAUCCAGACUACUGGAUUCCCUUACGGCUUGGGACGAUUUCACGAUCGUUGCACUUUUCGGGAGCCUAGAACAGGCUACUAGAAUGAUUAGAUAGAUAACGGUAUGGAAUUAUAAAUUUGUCAGUUUGUCCAGUCAAACUGGAUUUGCCGCUUGGAUUAGUCCUUAUUGUAACUUUUUUCGCUGUAACGCGGAAGGUAGUUUUUUUAGAAAUAAAGUUGAAGAAUUUGGAACACUAGAAC